UUAUAUCAGAUAUUAUUCUCCUGAAGACGAUUGAAGCAAUUCAAUCUAAACUUCGAGACUUUCUCAACUACAACAGUUCUUUUCAGAACUACCUACGUGGUGUACCGCAAGUUUCAACAUAUAUGCUAUUUAGCAUUUAUUAUUUGGUACAUUUUAGUAUUUAGUGCAAUUUUCAUUGGAGUAAGUUGCAGAAGGGAAUGUGACUCAAUUUCAUUAGUUUAACUGUUAAAAUAAAACAUUUACAUCAGUAUUAUCCACUUACACAUUUUAUAAAUAGGUUUAACAUUGAAAACCGAUAUUUUAUUGAUUUAUGAUUGUAAACUUUAAGAGGACCGUUAAAUAGAUGUUAUAUUAAGAUGGUGAAUCUUGAAACCUACAAUGUACAUACAUUUUCAUUUUGCUAGUUGUUGUUAAAGCUUGUUUUGCACUAAAGCCGGGCACACACUGCACCCGAUUGUCGUCGGUCGACACGAUCCUAUGGAGAACGCAAAGCCACGACGCGCGCGCAACAGAUCGUUUUUUAAUGACGCUUCGUUCAGACUGGCACCGACAAUCAGCAGACGGUGUCGCGUCGUCUAGCUGUCACAGGGUGCGAAGUUGGAUUCGCCUUACGACGGUCGUCGUAAGACGCAGCUACUAUCCGUUAUCCAGAUGCCCUUAUCGCGAAUAGAUGAUGAUGAUGAUGAUGAUAACGAUCAGAUGGCCAGAUAAUGAAUUUAAACGACAGAAUACAGUCAGAAGCUGAUGCAUUAAACAUUUGAUGAUAAUGAUGAAAAUGACGAUGAUAAUAAUAAUGGUUAAAAUUGAUGGAGGUGAUAAUGAUUAUGGGGUAAUGAUAGGGAGGAUGUUAAAGAAAAUGAUGACGUUAGUUUCUAUAGCGCAUCUAUGCGUCUCUGUGUAGAAUAAGAGAAGAAAUGUUAUGAAAAUAAUAGAAACUAAAUCAUAAAAUAUUCUACCAUUAACCAAAAAAAGCUGAAAACAACUGAAGACAGAGAAACCAUUUUAAGGAUAAAGAUGUCAAUCAAAUGAGCAGAUAAUGAAUUUAAACGACAUAAUGCAGCAAGAAACUGAAGAAACUGAACUAAAUAUUUCUUUAACAAUUCGAUUUUUGUUGACUCAAUUCACUAGCUGGAAGAUCAUUAUAAAAAGGUAGGCAAACAGACAGAAGGAAACGUGAAUAAUCGGUUGCCAUUCAGUGUUUUUUUUUAAAGGAAUGUAAUGUGUUCAUCUGUAGGGUGGCGAUAAAGAGUUUCGGACGUUGUAAGUGCCAGCAAUAGGUAUAUCUUCUUCAUGGUAUGAUACCGGAACUUGUUUUCUAUUAACAAUUUCCUAUAUAUUAUAAAGAAGUACAAAACAAUGGGAUGGGAUUGCUCUGAGUACUUUCUGUUUACUUUCAAGUAGGCCUACAGUUGUUUUAUUUGAUUCGACAAUAUAAUUUCUAUGUUUUGUUGGAAGCCAUAUUUCAAAGAAUGUCUGUGUCAGGGGCAUCUAGUCCAGUGUAGUUUUACGUAAUAAGUAUUGAGCACAGUGGACUGGGACGAGUUUAGUGAAAUUGGUAUAUUUUCUGUUUAGUACAAUUAGUACUGGUUGCAUCUUUAGUUGCUUGACAUGAUUUGCAGCAUCCUGGGAUUGGAAGACAAGGUGCAUAUAUACUACCAUGUGGGGUUCCGAUAUUGUUAAUCGUGAUAUUAUUUCAUUUAUUAAUUUCAACAAAUUGCACAUCUAACGUCACAAAGUCCAAGCUUAGUCAAAUGAUCAACAUGAAUGAUUAUGAUUUGUAGUCUUGAUAAAUGAUUACAUCUUUUCCAAAUGUAUCUCUGUUUUAUUUUCAGAGAUUUUAAAUAUGGAUAGACAUACAUCAAGUGAAGCAUCAUCAAUUCUGGGUAGAACUGUGGUUCGACGUCGUCGGGUUACGGUAGAACUAGCCGUGUUCGUGGUUAUUAUCUGUAUUGGUCUUACUGCGCCCAUUACUGUUCAGUACAUUAACCGUAGAGUCAAACAUAAGUACAAUAUGACGUCAGAAACACGCCAAAUAAACUGUUUAAAAGAUGUUAGUAUUAUUAAUGGUACGUCGAUUGAAGAACAAGUUGAACAGGAGGUUGCGGCUUGGAGUCUAGCACUUAAUGCCGCUGGAGCGUUCCCGAUGUUAAUUUCAACGACGAUAUUUGCCACGACGAGUGAUUCAAUCGGACGGAAGAUACCACUUUUAGUUUCUUGUGUCGGGAUGAUUGCUGAAUGUCUCUCUUUCAUUUGUAUAGCCUACUUUUCGUUGCCUUUGAUAUACCUGGUGCUGAGUCGUCUCCUUUGGAACUGUUGCGGUGGAUUUCAGUUGUUCUUUUCCGUAUCUGAGGCCUAUAUUGGUGACAUUGCAGUAAAGAAGAAACGCACUAUGAAGUUUAUCCUCCUACAAACGUUGGUACUCUUUGGAGGUGGCAUUGCCCCGAUAGCAGUUGGUUACUGGGUACGAGCUACAGGAUUCAUCCCACCAUUUUGCCUUGCUGUUGUGUUCUACAUAACAGUUAUCCUAUACAUAAUUAUCUUUAUACCAGAGACAGUUAGGCCUAUCAAUAAUAUAUCUUGUUGCUUUGUUUUCCUGAAAUUUUUCUCUUCUGUAAACAUGCUUUUCGUUUUAAACGAAUCAAACAGACGAAGUAGGCUUCUGUUAUUGCUUGUGUCAUAUUUUCUGGUGUUUAGCACUAUUGCGUACUACACUCCUCUAAUUAUUCUGAAAGUUCUUGAAGAACCAUUUUGCUGGGGGUCUGUAUUAAUUGGCUACUUCCUAGCAGCACACCCAAUACUGGACGGAAUUGCAAGCCUUUUUCUCGGCGGUUUUCUUCUAUCCCGGUGUAUGGGUGAUAAUGGAAUCAUUCAAGUCGGACUGCUCUCUGGUAUCAUCUUGAUGAUCUGCACAGGACUUGCUACAACAACAUUAGUUUUGUUUGUUGUUGUGGUAAUCGGAUCCCUUGGCAGCAUUCCGAUAGCUGUAUUCAUGUCUAGCCUUUCGAAGACUGUUGGUGAAAACGAACAAGGUACAUUAUUUGCGUUUGUCGGUGCCUUGGAAGGCCUGGGCGUGUUCCUGGCACCGCUAAUACUUGGCAAUAUUUACAAAAUGACUUCUCAGACCUACCCACCAGCCGUAUUCUUUAUAAUGACUGGAAUAUUGGUUGUAGCUAUGGUGUUUGUUUGGAUUUCGAAACUCCUGGAUUUAAACUCCAGAAACAGUUACCAAAGAGUAGACACCGAUACAGUCACCACAUCUCAAGUCGACGUUACCAACGCCCUUGUAUAUGAGAUGACAGAACAAUGAACACUACAUCAACAUCCUCAGAUUUUACUUGUGAAGGUUCAUUUCAAGAUCUGUUCGUGACGCCAUCUUUAAUAAUGCUUUUAAACACAUUUUCAACCAAUUGUAAAGCUUAUAUUAUCCAAUAGUUAUGGAAGCAUUAGCAAUAUCAUC